GCGGUCCCGUGUCCCUCGCGGCCGCCGUAGGGCGCGCAGCGAUGGCGGCGCGGGAGGGUUCGCUGGUGGCGGCCGUGCUGGCGCGCUCGGGCCGGCUGGACAAGGAGCAUCUGGGAGCCCGAGUGGGGCGCCUCUCCCGCCGCGUCGAGGAGCUCAAGGGAGAGGUGUGCACCAUGAUCAACAAGAAGUACAGCGAGUUCCUGCCCAGCAUGCAGAGCGCAGAGGACCUGGUGGCACAGGUGGAGGGGCUGGCCAACAACAUCGACUCGCUCAAGGCGGGCAUCGAGAACGAGGUUCAGCGAGAUCUAAACGUUGCUGUUGCUGAGUUCACAGAGCUGAAGCAGCAGCUGGAGAGGGACACGCUGGUCCUGAGCAUCCUGAAAAAGCUUCAGGAGAUUGAUUCCUCUAUCAAGGAGUGCAGCUCUGCCCUGCUGGAGGAGCAGUACGUGGCAGCAGCUCAGCAGCUGGAGAAGGCACGGAGCAGCCUCAGGAGCCUGGAGUCCCGCAGGGGCUUUGAGCUGAAGAUCCUGAAGGCCCUGGGCACGGAGCUCACGGUGCAGACACAGAACUUGAUCUACCAUCUCAGGCAGGAGUGGCAGAAGCUCAUUGUGUGGAAGCUUCCCCCUUCCAAAGGAAGCAGCAGCCUGGAGGCCGUGGUGCUGUCAGAGCUGCACUUGCACACGCUGCUGCCUCAGGACGAGGACACUGCUGUCCCACCCGUGGCUGCUGUGCUGCAGGCCUUGGCUGUCCUGGGAGAGCUGCACUCCAGGCUCAAAGAUUUUGGCCAGUUGUUGCUGCAGUAUAUCCUGAAGCCGCUGAUCUCACACCCAUCUCUGGAGCCAGUCCCAGAGGAGCAGCCAGAUGUGUUCAUCCUGAGGUUCAGGUCCCAGGAGCUUGUCUUGAACGAGUCCUCUCCUAUGGAGGUGUUUGACAAGAUCAAGCUGGUUUUUGAAGUUCUGCACAAACACCUGCUAAAUGUGCCUCUGGAGCAGCCUGGGGAAGGCAGAAAGGAAGGCAGAGUCACCCUGGCAGAGCUGCUGGGGGAGCUCAUCUGGGAGGAGCUCUCAGACUGCCUCAUCCACAACUGCCUGGUGGACUCCAUCCCAACCAACAGCAGCAAACUGGAGCAGUACAAAGAGGUGAUUGAAUCCACAGAGGAAUUUGAGAAAGCCCUGAAGAAGAUGCAGUUUUUGAAGGAAGACACGACUGCCUUGCUGAAAUACGCCUGCAAUGUCGAUUCCCACUUUGCCAACAAGAAGUGCCAGGAUGUGAUCAUGGCAGCCAGGAACCUGAUGACCUCAGAAAUACACAACACUGUGAAGAUCACACCUGAUUCCAGCCUAGCCCUCCCAGAGCUCCCUGAUCCUGGGUCAGGAGACCACCUAAAAAUGCAGAGACCCUCCAGCCUCCUGCAGAGUGGGACAGUGAAUUUGGGGAGUGAGAGCAGGCUGAGCCCGUUCACCCUGUGCCUGCCCACCUGCCGCAUCAGCUCCUCGGUGCAGCAGCUCGUGGAGCUGGCCUAUCACACCCUGCUGGAGGCCACAGCCAGCACAGAUCUCUGCUGUGUGCAGCUCUUCGACUGUGUCAGGAACAUCUUCCAGCUCUUCUACGAGGUGGUGCCCACGUACCACAGGGAGAACCUGCAGAAGCUGCCCCAGCUGGCUGCCAUCCACCACAACAACUGCAUGUACAUCGCCCACCACCUGCUCACCCUGGGCCACCAGUUCCGCUUCCGCAGCACCAGCGUGCUCAGCAACGGGGCUGCCACCUUCGUGGACCUGGUGCCUGGCAUAAGGAGGCUGGGGAUAGAGUGUUUUCUGGCCCAGAUGCGAGUGCAGAAGGGAGAAAUCCUGGAGAGGCUCUCGAGUGCCAGGAAUUUUUCCAACAUGGAUGACGAGGAGAAUUACUGUGCAGCAAAUAAAGCCAUAAAGCAGGUGCUGCACCAGCUGAGGAGGCUGGGCAUGGUGUGGCAGGAUGUGCUCCCUGUGAACGUGUACUGCAAGGCCAUGGGGGCCUUACUGAACACAGCCCUGGCAGAGAUUGUCACCAGGAUUGCUGCCCUGGAGGAUAUCUCUGCAGAGGAUGCAGACAGGCUGUACUCACUCUGCAGGAUCAUGGUGGAGGAGGGACCCCAAGUUUUCACCCCUCUGCUUGAAGAAGACAAAAAUAAGAAGUACCAAGAGGAAGUUCCAGUCUAUGUGCAGAAGUGGAUGACAUUCAAGGAGCUGAUGAUCAUCCUGCAGGCCAACCUCCAAGAAAUUGUGGAUCAGUGGGCAGAUGGCAAGGGGCCUCUGGCAGAGGAGUUUUCAGCAGCUGAGGUGAAGAGUCUGAUCCGAGCCUUGUUCCAGAACACAGAGAGGAGAGCAGCAGCCCUGGCCAAGAUCAAGUGACUCCAGUUUACACCUGCCUCUUGUGGCACAGCAAGAGCAAACUGACACUUGCAAACAUUUUUUUUUUAUUUCAUCUUUCUUGUACUGGUCUGAAAAACUUUGGGACUGGGGAGGUGCUUCCUGGAGCUUGGCUGGGGGGAAGGAGCAUUUCCUGGCUCGGUGUUUGUGUAACCUCAUCUCAGGCUGAGCGUUUGCAGUGCUCAGCUGGGACUCUUCUAUGCAGUUCUACAUCAGGGGACCUGCAGCCCCUCUGUGACCUCUUCUGUCCCUCAAACCAUACGUGGAGCCCACAGACUUGGAGAGCUUUUGAUAUCCCUCCAAGAAGUGCCAAACUUUCCCACCCCAGCUUCCCCUGAGGAGCAGACCUCAAGGGAGAGACACUUUAGAGAGGGAUGUGGGGGAAGGAGAUCCUGUGCUGAAUGAACAGGUCACAGGAUUUCUCACAAGUAUGAAAAUUCUCUUAUUUUUCAUAGAAAAUAUCUUCAAACUGAUUUAGAACCUUCCAAUGUCACUUUCCCAACUGUAGAAGCCAGUUCAGCUCCUUCCUUUAGGUUUCUCUUGGGUGUGACCUGUGUAACUCUGGUGUCUUUCUGCUGUUCUGUUUUCUGUCCUUCAGGAAUGCUGAGAGAAAUGUAAACCAAAAUAAAAAGGGAAUGAAAGGUGCACUCACAGCAUGAAGUCACAAAAGGCUAUGUUUGACACUUGGGUUAUUGUACAUUUAUUUUAAUUGAAAAACUCAGAGCAUUCACUGAACUUAGCCCAGAGACCAAGGUGCUGCACACGUGGAGCAAAGUCCUUCCUACCCUGUAGUGCUUAGAAGAGUUUCAGUCACAGAGUUUAAUGUUUUAUUCUGUUGUCUCCUUGUCAUUGGCACUUUUGUCCCACUCCUGUUCCCAUUUCCAGGCAUUUCUACAGGGGCUGAGGCUUUCGUGUCACUGCAGUCCUUGCAGAACCCCUCUGUUUUUGUUUUUCCCCCUCUGAGUGUUCCCAGAACACUGACAUCUCAUGGGAUCCCCUACCCCUUCAAACACAGUCAUCCAAAAAACCUAUUUUGAAAAACACUUCUCCCCUGUUGAUUGUUCACAGAAUUGUAAUUUGCUAUUUUCUUUAAUAAACUAUUUAUAC